CCACCAGACGGGCAUGUGGGUUCUACAGACACAGAAGUAUAGCAGGUUCUACUGACAGUCCAGCUUAUACAGGCACGAGGCUAAGACAUUAGUCAGGUAUCACCGCAUUUUCGCGUUUUCGAGUUUUUCCUUUCAGGCAUAUGAGAAUGACAUCGCUACCAUCAUUUUUAGGCAGUUGAUCGCCCAUAACUGUUUCUAGUGCUGUUUUCCGGGUGGUCUCCCCUGCGACAUUCCAUCGGCUUCCAUAAGUUCCAAGCCGACGAAGUCUAGGGAUUUUCAACCGUAGGGUCUUUUCCUACUACCGAACAGCAUGCGUCUUCGUUUCGCAAUGGUCUGUGCGUCGAAUCAAAAUCGCAGCAUGGAAUCACAUGCGAUUCUUCAACGAGAGGGUUUCGACGUCUGCUCUUAUGGUACCGGCACCAACGUUAAGCUGCCGGGACCAAGUAUACGAGAACCCAAUGUUUAUAAAUUCGGCACGCCGUACAAAUACAUGUUUGAGGAGCUUCAAGCCAAAGACCCAGAACUGUACAAAAGGAACGGCAUCUUGAGAAUGCUGAAGCGAAAUCUUGCGGUGAAGGAAGCUCCUCAAAAGUGGCAGGACAACGCCGCUGACGGACCCUUCGACGUCGUGAUAACGUUCGAGGAGCGUGUCUUUGACAUGGUCAUUGAAGAUAUGUUUGCACGGGAGCGUACUCUACAUCAAGCAGCAUUGGUGAUCAACCUUGAAGUUAGAGAUACGCAUGAAGAAGCAGCAUCUGGAGCAGAAGCGGCUCUACGACUGUGUAGGAUGUUGGAAGAUCUCACAAGCUGGGAGGAUGAAGUCGAGGUGGUAAUGAGGAGAUUUAGAAAACAAUAUAAGCAGGAUUUGGUGUACAACAUAGUGUUCUAUUGAUCCCGCAAACGUCAUUCUCGGUGGUGUGAUGUGAACCUUCCUCAUCAGGCUCUGACGACAUCUUGCAGGUAACCUCCAACUGUGGCGAAGGUCCACAGUGGUGAAAAACCAACCUCUCCGAAUUGGCCGUGUGGGGCGUCCAGCUUCGCCACAUUCCGGCGAAGAGGAAAUUGAUGUUCGCUAAAAUGUUCUCAGAAAUAGGUUGGCAAUCUGAAUCCAAUUUGAUGCCUGCUACUGUUUCAUGGAUCUGAAGUGCUUGUCUUGAAACCCUAGUUUGAACCUAUCCCAUGCUGCCACGUGGCAAUCCUUACAUUAUUAUUCCUACACAUAGUUGUCAGCUUGAGCUAAAGGCGACUCGAAUCUGGCAAGAACAAACUAAAAUUGUAGCGAAACACGCGCUGCGAGGCGAUUUCCCCCAACUGAGGGAUUAACAUGGAUGCUUUGCAAGCUACCGAUCAAGCCGUAACUAAGGACGAUCAAGUCUUACCUAACGAAGGUAGCAACCUGUCAGGUGGAGCUGGGACGACGUACAUAACUCCCGGCGCUGAGACGAAAGAUGCAGUGCCAACAAAUUCCGUGGACCCGGAUUCUGGGGUACCAGCUCGAGAAAUCACAACCAGAGCAGCAGCCACACCUUCGACGGUUAAACCAGAUGUUCCAGAACGGCGUUUCUCCAGAGCAUACUCCGCCUCCCAAGACGUCCCUGUAGCGGCAACUUACUUCGCCGUACCAGACGGCGGCGCUGCAGCGAGUCAAAGCAGAUGGCCUCCGGUAUCGUCGUCUCCGUCGACUUUUCCGUCAACUUUCUCGUCAACAUUUUCACCGGCCAGGCUGUCGUCUCCGUCGCCGUGGGCUGCUUCCGCCUCCCCCUGGCGCUCCCCGUCCCGCUGGCUUUCCCCUUCCCCGUGGAACUCCCCUUCCCCGUGGCCGUCCCCCUUGCGCCAUGCUCAGUUCGCGGUUCCCGCCACGCGGAAGACCCCGCCGAUUGGCGCGGAUUAUCAGGCGGAUAUUCCGGAACCGCUAUCUUCUCCACACCGUCUGAUGCCGGCUGAAGAAAGCAUCUGGAAGAUUGCUCCGGAGGAUGGGGCUGGAGGCGAGGUGGGGGUGUGCUGCGAGGAAGCCACGUGUGAUGCUGAGCUGGCAUGGGAGGCGAAGUGGCUCGGCGCGCAGGUCUGGCCGGACCUAGCCCGGUCCAGGAGGGUCGGGAGAGGCGCAGGAAAGGGGAAUCCGUACCUGAGGCUUGGAGGGACGUUGGCUGCUUCGGCGGGAGGGAAGGUCAACUGGCACAUACCUCGGGGUAUGCAGAGCGCGGGUUGUCAUACUAUCGAAGGUGGUGGUGCUAUCGAGGGCCGGUCGCCGAUUGAUGGGGAGAGAGCUGGAGGUGUUGUCGUUGCUGCUGCUGCUGCUGCUGCUGCUGAUAUUAGUGUGAGUGACUCCCACGGCAAUAUCGAUGGCGGCUCUAGUUCAGUUCCAGGCGAUUGCGACGCAGCUGAUAAAGUCGCGACGGGUAGUGUCACGCCAUGUAAUGUCACAUCUCGUGACUCGCCAUCGCCUGCAGCCGGAGCCUCGUCGCACGGUGCUCAAGUCGCAGGAGGGGCAGUCGCAUGCACGAGCGACGUCGCCGGGAUCGUCGCAUCAUCCAUGGCGAUGCACGAGGCCAUCGCUCAGUCUCCUGCCACGUUUUCACAGCCCCCGUCGGCGGCGGCACUCAGCCAACACGACGAACCCGUAUCCGCCACGUGGCAACUACAGCAGCAGCAGCAGCAGCAGCCGCAGGAGCAGUCAAGCCCACACUCAGACCACCACCACCCUCAAGAUCCCUACCUCCCGUCCCGGCGCCAGCCUUCCCGCACAAACCACCACCGCCGCGACCUGCGCGUUCCGCCAGGCGCGUGCGCCGCGUGCGGGGCGGACAAGGCGGGGUCCGCGGACUGCGUGCGCGCGCACUGCCAUGAGGCGGACGAGGACCUGGAGGCGGAGCUGGGGCCCGCCGCGUAUCACGCGUUGGGGCUGGCGGAAAUGGGGGAGAAGGUGGCGGAGGGGUGGAGCCCUGAGGAAGUGGAGCUUUUCCUGACUAUAGUUGAACUUUACCCGCAGUCCAAGGGGCUAGAUUUCUGGGGUCCCCUGAAGCGGGCGUUUGCGUCUGCUGGGGGAGGAGAGGGGGAGGGUGUGGGGGAUGGUGGGGGGGAUGGUGGGGGCCUUAUAACGGGUAUGGGAAUGUGUGUGGAGGGGAGGCGGCGGAGGCGUGUGCGGAGUGUGAAGGAACUUGUGAGCUUCUAUUUCAACGUGUUUGUGCUUAGGAGACGGGCUCUGCAGAACAGGCUUCCGGGGAUGGAGCCUGAUUCUGAUGAUGAUGAGACGGAGUUAGUGGUGGAAGAGGAGGAGGAGGAAGAGGAGGAGGAGGAGGAGGCGGAAGGGGGGGGUGGGAGAGGGCAUGGGAAGGGUUUGAUUCUGGGUCAGCAGAUAGAGGAGGGACGGGGAGGAAAGGUGGGAGGAGGGAACGAGGACGAGGGGGAGGAGGAGGAGGAAGAGGAGGAUGGAGAGGAGAUGCGAGGGGAGUAUGUUGAGUAUGGAGUGAGGGUCCAGGGUUUGGGGAAUGGAGAUGCGGUGGAAGUGGUGGUGGAGGAGGAGGAAGAGGAAGAAGAGGAGGAGGAGGAGGAAGAGGGAGGGGAGGAGGACGGAGUGUGUGAUGAUGGGACGGAGGGAUAUGGGAUGCAAGGGGCAGGAGGGGAGAGAGAAAGGGAAGAAGUGGGAGAAGAUGAAGAGGAGGAGGAGGAGGACGAGGAGGAGGAGGAUGAGGAGGAAGGAGUGGAGGAUGAAGACGGAAGCCUGGGGUAUGCUGGGGUGGAGUACGGUGGAACGGAGCAUUGGAUGCCACGUCAGCAGCAGAUGACGUAUGAGCAGCAUCAGGGGCAUCAGGAGCAGAUGGGGUAUCAGUAUGGGGCUCAAGACGGGGGAGUGGAUGGGGAUUGUGCCGAGGAAGAAGACGGGGAAGAGGAGGAAGAAGGAGAGGGGGACGAAGAAGAGGAGGGAAUUGAGGAGGACGAGGAUACAGUGCAGCGUGAGGCAGCGAGCGGUGCUCCAGGGGGGGGCUACAUGCAGGUGCAGGGGAGGAAGAGGCGGCAUGUGGUCAUCACUAUGAAUGGGUCCGUGCUGGCUCGCCCCGUUGCUGCUGUAGGGGGGCCAACGGAGGGGGAAGGGGCAGAAGGGAUGGCAGGAAUUGAGCGGGUAUUGGGAGAUGAAGGGGGUGCAGGCGAGGAGGAGAUGGUGGCAGUGCAGCAGCGGGGAUUAGAAGUGGAGCAGGGACCGCAGUCUGAUUCAAGACCGUAUCACCGUGGCAGUCCGAAUCAGACUCAGACUCAGUCCGCGGGUCAGAAUAAGAAUCAGAAUCAGAAUCAGAAUCAGAAUCAGAAUCAGAAUCAGAAUCAGAAUCAGAAUCAGAAUCAGAAUCAGAAUCAGAAUCAGAAUCGUGCCUCGGGUCAGUUCAAGGCGCCAGCGGAUCGUCCUCACAGAGUGAAGGUGAAGCGGGUGCAUGUGCACACGUCAGCAGCACAUGCCGACACAUCAGCAGCGCACAUCCACUCUCCAGAUGCACCUGUGGGAGCCUCCAAAAAACGCCCGCGAGAGGGAAUGGAGGCAAUGGCUGCAGACCCAGCGGACCCUGUCUACCCAGUGGACCUAGCAGGCCGUGCCGCUGCGCUAGAAGACCCUGCCGCUCUAACAACCGCUGGUACCCUCACAGAUUCGUCUGCUCCAGCCCAGAAGCAGUACGUGUAUGCCCCCAGCUCCCCAGGCGGCCUCAUGCACUCUGGUGCGGCAGCAGCCGCCGACUCAUGGAUCAUCAGCCACAGCCCUGCGCACAAGCCCACAUCACCAGCGGGAGGAGCGAGCAGUGGGAGCACCCUUUGCAACACCUAUGCUAGUACUGCUGGCAUCACAGGUGGCAGCACUGGCAGCACGUUUGGCACCAGCUUUGGCGGCGGUGGUUCCUUAGGCUCCAGGGAGCAACUAGGUAGUAGCAGUGGCGGCUGCACUGGUGCUGUUUCUGGUCUUGCUGCUGCUGCUGCUGCUACUGCCGCUGCUGCUGCUGCGGCUGCUGCUGUCUUCCCUUCUGGUGAUUACAGUGGCAGUGGGUUUGGUGGUGCCUCGUUUGGUUCGGUGGCCCCGGGCAUGUUUGGCGCAGGAUCGGAGCUCUACGGGCCUCCUUUGAGCCCAUUCCCGCACCUAUCCUCCUUCCCGUCUCCCUCUUUGCCCUCCUCCUUUCCCUCCCCGUCCCUCGCCCUCCCCUCGCCUUCCCUAACCAUGUCUCCAACCCCGUACACGCUACCAGCGGCCCACUCCUCACCUGCUCACCACAUCCCCCCAGCCUCACCCGUUACAGAUGCACCCGUUACAGCGUCGCCUUAUGGAAUAAUGCAAGAAAUUCCGAGGGAAGGAAAUGCAGUGGGGAAUGAGGGGGAGGGGUGCGAGAGGCCAGAGAGUGAGAGCAUCCGGCAGGCUAACGAAUGGAUGGAUGUGGAGGAAGUGAGUGCAGAGGCAGAGCUGGGAGGAGCCCAAGCAGUGCAAGCAGCACAAGGUGCUUCUGACCUACGGAAUGCAGCGGGUGCUGCUGGCACAGCUGCUGCUGACGUAGCUGCUGGUGACGCAGCUGCUGCUGACGGCGUGGCAAGCGUGUAUGCCUGUGAUGCUAGCAGAGGAGCAGCAGAAAUUUUCGCUGGUGCUACUGCUUCUGUCGGUACAGGUGCUGCUCCCAGCAGCGGUAGGAGCCCAGUGGGUCUUGAAUCUCCAGAUUUGGCUUUGGCGAGCAUGGGAAGCUAGGUUGGUGGGGCAUGAGUUGGGGUCUGGAGAGUUGGUGGGGAGGGGACUAGAUAUGGUGUGAUAGUAUCACCUACGCUAAAAUUGUGAUCAAUUACAAUGCGUUGGUAGCCUAAACCGUUUGCUAUUGU